UUUUAAAUUUAAACUAACAUACUAUGUCCUUUAAUCGGAAAAGGCUCAGACCUUAUUUUUUUCUCUUUAAGAAACAAGCGAUUACUUCAUUGGAGGGAAAAUGAAUCGUUCUUCAAAUGCAACGCUUAAAAGUAUUCUGAAAUCAGGUACUAGAACCUCAGGAAAAGCUCGCACAGUACGUUUCGCAAGUGUACCAACCACAGGAUCAUUAUUACAAUCAAAGGUUAAAGAUAUUGCAGCUCGAAUAAUACAGAGGGCUUGGUUAGCUUAUAUAAACAAAAUGAUAUUUCAACUCCUAAAACAUGCAAUUUGUGCAGCGGAAUUCUUUGUGACACAUGAGAUACUGAAGAAAGUGACCCCCUUAGAGGCUAAACUUCUUAAAGAUCCUACCAUGAAGUGUAAAAUUAGAUUUAGAUUUAGAGGUGAAACAUUUCCACCUUUCAUCGUGUUUAAAAUUUUUCUUCAUACUGAAGGCCAUGGUUACAAGUACUUCAGCGGAAAAAAUGUAUUCAGGCCGUCAAGUGAGGCAGCAGUUGAUGCUUGCAAACUAAUGGGGGAAAAGAAAUUUCACCAUGUAAUUAUGGAAGAUAAACGUAUUUUCUGGAACUCCAAAAUAACUGAUAUAAGGGAUGUUGUCACCAUGCAAGAUUAUAUGCAAUAUCGCAGUUUUCUGGAUGAAGCCCCAGCAUCUUCUGGUGGCAGAAAUAACAGCUGGCGAAAAUUAAACCUUGAGAACAUUCCCAGGUCAACGCUAAUAUAUGACAUAGUUCAUUAUUCAGAGUCUGGAGUAAUCUCAACCCGUCUACGAAACAAAAUGAAGUUUCUGUCACGGAGACCAGUAACAGAAGAGAUGCAUAAGCAUCAGCUACAGAUUGUUUCUGAAAUUAGGUCUCUACCACCUUUAACUACCCGACCUCCUUAUCGGCCCUAUAAACAGCAAAAUCAAGUUAAAUAUCUGGGUCGUCGAUCCAAGCAAGCUCUAAAGAAAGUUGAAAAAAUGAGAAAAGCUUAUUUGGCUAAAGAAAAAAAUACUUCUGAGGCAACCGAACCGAAAAUGGACACCUCAGGUGCAAAGGAUAAUUUUCAUUUCCACUUCAGCUUUUGA